UGGGAAUGAAAAGAAGAAAAAGGUGAAAGGAAAAAGGGUAUGCCGAAUCGGCCUAAAUUCACCGCGUUGGAAUUUGUCAUCGCUGCCCCUGGUCCUGCCUCCCCCCAGAUAUUGGCCGGCGAUGGCUUACGGAGGCCGGUUGUGCGGAUCUCCCUCCUGGCAUGCUGUUAUCAUGGCCUGCCCCCGGAACAGUGCUUAUAUAAAUACCGCCCAGUCCAGCCCGCGCUUAUCUAGCUUUCUCCUUUACUUGUUCGCCUCCCAUCUAUUUUUCUACCUUCAGUUAGCUUUAACAUGCUGGGCCGUAGACUCUACUCGACUGCAUCGCGCUACAUCACCUCCGCCAAGCCCACAAAUGGCUUCAUUGGCGCCAUCGGCAACACUCCCCUGAUCCGCAUCAACAGCCUAAGCAAGGAGACCGGGUGUGAGAUCCUGGGCAAGGCCGAGUUCAUGAACCCAGGCGGGUCGGUCAAGGACCGCGCCGCCCUGUUCGUAGUGGAGGCGGCCGAGCGCUCCGGGGCCCUGCAGCCCGGAGGCACGGUAGUCGAGGGCACGGCGGGCAACACGGGCAUUGGGCUGGCGCAUGUGUGCCGGGCCAAGGGAUACAAGUGCGUAAUCUACAUGCCGAACACGCAGAGCCAGGAGAAGAUAGAUCUUCUGAAAAUGCUGGGCGCCGAUGUGCGGCCAGUGCCGGCGGUGCCAUUCGACAACCCCGACAACUACAACCACCAGGCGAAGCGCUAUGCGGAGACUCUGGAGAACGCGGUGUGGACGGACCAGUUCGACAAUACGGCGAACCGCCAGGCGCACAUUGAGACCACGGGGCCGGAGAUCUGGGCCCAGACCCAGGGCAAAGUUGAUGGGUUUACAUGCUCCACCGGCAGCGCCGGGACGUUCGCCGGCACGACCAGGUUUUUGAAGGAGGUGUCGAAUGGCCGUGUCAAGGCGUUUGCGGCGGACCCGCCCGGCUCGGUUAUCUACAGCUACGUGAAGUCGCGCGGAAAGAGCCUGGAUAAGGAGGGGUCGUCGAUUACCGAGGGCAUUGGGCAGGGCCGGAUCACGGCGAAUCUGCAGCCGGACGUGCAUCUGAUCGACGAUGCCUUAAGGAUCCCGGACUCGGACACUAUCAGGACGCUCUACCGUCUUUUGGACGAAGAGGGCAUUUACCUGGGCGCCUCGUCGGCACUCAAUGUCACGGCCGCGUACGAAAUGGCCAAGAUCAUGGGCCCCGGCCACACCAUCGUGACUAUUAUGGCGGAUGGCGCGUACAGGUACCAGUCGCGUCUGUUCAGCCGCAAGUGGCUCGAGGCCAAGGGCCUGGCGGAUGCCAUCCCAGCGCACCUGCAAAAGUACAUUGUCCUCGAGUAA